UCCUCUCCUCGCAACGAGUGUCGCUUGGAUGCGCUGACCCGGACGGGGCGCGCGGGACACGCAGCUCCAGCAGGGCCAUGUCAGAGCGGGAAGAGCGGCGGUUUGUUGAGAUCCCGCGGGAGUCAGUGCGACUCAUGGCUGAGAGUACAGGCUUGGAGCUGAGCGAUGAGGUGGCAGCACUGCUGGCCGAGGACGUGUGCUACCGGCUCCGAGAGGCCACUCAGAACAGCUCUCAGUUCAUGAAGCACACCAAGCGGAGGAGGCUGACUGUGGAGGACUUCAACAGGGCCCUUCGCUGGAGCAGUGUGGAGGCCGUGUGUGGCUACGGGUCCCAGGAGGCCCUGCCUUUGCGCCCCACCAGGGAGGGUGAGCUCUACUUCCCCGAGGACCGAGAGGUGAACCUGGUGGAGCUGGCUCUGGCCACCAACAUCCCCAAAGGCUGCGCAGAGACGGCCGUCAGAGUUCAUGUCUCCUAUCUGGAUGGUAAAGGCAACCUGGCACCCCAAGGCUCAGUGCCCAGUGCAGUGUCUUCACUGACUGAUGAUCUACUCAAGUACUAUCAGCAGGUGACUCGAGCUGUGCUUGGGGACGACCCACAGCUGAUGAAGGUUGCUCUCCAGGACCUGCAGACGAACUCCAAGAUUGCAGCUCUGCUGCCUUACUUUGUCUACGUGGUCAGUGGGGUGAAAUCUGUAAGCCAUGACCUCGAGCAGCUGCACCGGCUGCUACAGGUGGCCCGGAGCCUGGUUCGGAACCCGCACCUCUGCCUGGGGCCCUACGUCCGCUCCUUGGUAGGCAGUGUCCUCUACUGCGUCCUGGAGCCCCUGGCUGCCUCCAUCAACCCCCUCAAUGAUCACUGGACCCUGCGGGAUGGGGCUGCUCUCCUUCUCAGCCACAUCUUCUGGACUCAUGGGGACCUUGUCAGUGGCCUCUACCAGCAGAUCCUGCUGUCCCUGCAGAAGGUGUUGGCAGACCCCGUGCGGCCUCUUUGCUCUCACUAUGGCGCUGUGGUGGGGCUGCAUGCACUUGGCUGGAAGGCCGUGGAGCGCGUCCUGUACCCGCACCUCUCCACCUACUGGACCAACCUGCAGGCCGUGCUGGAUGACUACUCGGUGUCCAACGCGCAGGUCAAGGCUGACGGGCACAAGGUGUACGGCGCCAUCCUGGUGGCCGUGGAGCGCCUGCUGAAGAUG